AUGACCGACGCACAGGUGAUUCGCCAUCGGCAGCUCGACGAAGAGGAUGAGCUGGACGCUGAUUACCCCGAUGAGUACCACGUGCUGGGGGAGGCGCCGGUGCAGCUCGACAAAAGCUUUGCCAGCGCGAUCAUCGUGGACAACCUGCCUGUUGUGGGCAAGGAAAAAUUUGACAAGUUGCUGGGAGUGGUGACCAAGAUCUACAGCCAGAUCCCCGGCGGCGCCAUCGUCGAGGUGUUCAUGCCUACGGACGAGAAGGGCCAGACCAAGGGCUACGCAUUUGUCGAGUUCUCAACUGUCGAGGCAGCCCGCAACGCCGUGCAGCAGACCAAUGGCUAUAAGCUCGAUCGUGCCCACAUCUUCCGGGUCAACUUCUUCGAGGACUUUCAGGUCUACGACAAGGUCACCGACGCUUUCCAGCCCAUCGAAAUGCCCGCCUACAAGCCCAAGGAAAACCUGUGGUGGUGGCUUAUCGAGGAGCCGGGCCAAGCGCGGGACCAGUACGCUCUGCGCUACUCGGACAUGACUGAAAUCUUCUGGAACGAAGGCAAAAAGAAGGCCGAGACGCACUUCCGCAAGAAGGACAUGACGGAGACCUACGUCACGUGGUCGCCCCAUGGCACGUACUUGGGCACUUUCCAUCGACAGGGCGUGAUCCUGUGGGGCACGGAGAAGUGGGACAAGGUCAUGCGCUUCCAGCACCCCGGCGUCAAGCUUCUCGACUUCUCCCCGCGCGAAAACUACCUCGUCACCUUUUCCACCCAGCUCGCCCAGAACGACAAUCCCAAGGACCCGCAGGGCGUUAUCAUCUGGGACGUGCACACCGGCCUCAAGAAGCGCGGCUUUGUCGGGUCCAAAGAAAUGACCUGGCCCACUUUCAAGUGGUCGCACGACGAGAAAUAUUUUGCCCGUCUUUCGGCCGAUACUAUUUCCGUCUACGAAACCCCCUCCAUGCAGCUGCUUGACAAAAAGUCGUUCAAGCUGCCCGGUGUCAAGGAUUUCCAGUGGUCGCCCUCCAACAACGUCAUCGCCUGUUACAUCCCCGGGCAAGAGUUGGGCGACAAGCCUGCCCGCGUCAUGCUGAUCGAGAUCCCGUCUCGCAACGUCCUCCGCUCUCACAACCUCUUCAAAGUCAUUUCCGCUGGGGACUACCUGUGCGUCAAGGUGGAAAGGAAAGCCACCAAGAAGACCACCACGACCGGUUUUGAACUCUAUCGCAUGAGAGAAAAGGAUGUGCCGCUCGAGGCGGUGGACGUGAAAGGCAAAGUAGAAGCUUUUGCCUGGGAGCCCAAGGGCGACCGUUUCGCCGUCAUUCACUCCACGGAAGAGCGCGGAUCGCGAAACGACAUCUCCUUCUACACCACCAAGGGUCCGGAAACGCACGUGAUCACCACCAACUACCACCUGCCUACCGGAGGCAAAGUGGCGCUUCUCAAGGUGCUGGAGAAGAGGCAGGCCAACCACGUCUUCUGGUCCCCCAAGGGCCACCUGGCUGUGCUUGCUGGAUUCGGUCCGGGCGGAAACGGCCUGCUGGAGUUCUACAAUGUCGACGAUCUGGAGUCCAUGCGUACCGAUCAGCACUCCAUGGCCUCGGAGCUGCAGUGGGACCCGAGUGGUCGCUUCGUUGCUACGUCGAGUACCUACUGGGCGCAUCCGCAAUCCGACAACGGCUAUGUCAUCUGGAGCUUCCACGGAAAGCGCCUGGCCAACGCGACCAAGGACAAGUUUUUCCAGUUCCUUUGGAGACCCCGCCCACCCACACUCCUGAGCAAGGAGAAGCAGCGCGACAUCGAAAAGAACCUGCGCCAAUACGCCGUCAAGUACCGCAAGCAGGACCUUGCGCGCAGGAAGGUCGCUUGGGAGGCCUUUGUUGCGAAGCGCCGGCAGGAGCGCGAUGCCUGGCACACCUCCCGCCAGCAGCGUGCGGCGGAACGUGAUGCCGAAAAGGCCGCUCGGGCGAAGCUGCGUGGCGGUGUUACUUCUGACGAUGAGGAGAUUUGGGACGAAGUGGAGGAGGAGGUGGAGGAGCUGUUAGAGGAGGAGGUGGAGGUGAUCGAUUACUAA